AUGAAGUAUAUAUACACAUUAUUAAAAAUUAUUUGACGUUAUAUACAUUAUAUAUAACAUGUAUAUUAGAUACACUAUUUUAACAUCAUAUAGGAAGCCAAACAAACUAAGUGUUGUAUGGACAAGACGUAGUAGAAGAGUUAGUUCAGAACCACUAGAUUGGGAACCUAACUUAAGUGAUCCAUUGAAAGGUGUUAUUAGUUGGGCAGUUCCUGAUAAUCAUACAGUUUCUGUAACAUUGUUUAAAGAUCCAAGGACCCAUGAAUUGGAAGAUAAAGAUUGGACAUUUGUCAUCGAGGAUGUUUCUCCCACUGGUAAAAGACGACAUGUAGCUGCUGCAAAUAUAAAUAUGAAAAAAUAUGCAACAUUAGAAUCUACUCAACAACAGCUUAAAUUAGAUUUAAAACCUACAUCAAAAAAGAUUGUUAGCGCUACAUUGGAAUGUACUUUAUCUUGUGUCUUCUUAAGAGAAGGCAAAGCAACGGAUGAAGAUAUGCAGAGUAUGGCUAGUUUGAUGUCAGUUAACAAUAAUAGUGAUAUUGCACCAUUAGAUGACUUUGAUAAUGAAGAUAUACCAGAAGAUGUUGAAGAAGUAUCUGGGAAAAAUCUUGAUGAAAUUUUGGAUAUUUCUGCUCAACUUGAUUUAAUGACAAGCAGUCUUACAGAAAGUGAACUACCUAGUACUCCAAUAAGUGUGGCAAGUUUAUCAAAAGAUGAUACUACUCCUGUAAAUGAUAGUGAUCACAUCGUAUGUGAUGUUAGUUUUACAGGCAUUAAUGAUUCUUUUAAAGAAAAAUCACCAUUAAAGGAUUCUAUUGCUGUUGAGAACAAUAAAAAUAUUGAACAUAAUACACUAUUGAGAUUACCAUUACAACCACUAGAAUUAAAAAAGAAUGAUGACAAUAUUCCUAGAUUAAAAGAAAUUACUCCAGGUCAGGAUUUAUUGGAAUGGUGCAAAGAAGUAACUAAAGAUUAUUCUGGUGUAAAAGUUACAAAUCUUACAACGUCUUGGAGGAAUGGAAUGGCAUUUUGUGCAAUAAUACAUCAUUUUAGGCCAGAUCUUAUAGACAUAGAUUCAUUAUUACCACAUGAUGUAAAGGGUAAUUGUAAAAAAGCAUUUGAUGCUGGAGAAGCUCUUGGUAUACCUAGAGUAAUAGAACCAGCAGAUAUGGAUAUAUUAACUGUACCUGAUAAAUUAGCUGUAAUGACUUAUUUAUAUCAGCUGAGAGCACAUUUUACUGGUCAUGAAUUAGAGGUAUAUAACAAAUUUUAUAGAUUUAUUUUUCUAUGUUCACAAUUGACUCUUUUAUUAUAUUAAAUUAUAUUAAAGAUAUCCAAAUUAUGA